AUGGGUCAGAACGCAAUUAAGCGUUGGAUUCUAAGUCACGGCUGGCAACAGGCUUCAUACCUGCACGAACCAGGACGCGGGCCUGAGAAUGGCCUAGUUGGCUUCUGGUGCGAUGCCCUGGAGCGGAUUGCGCAAAGUGAUGCGCAAUUCGCGAAUACAUUUGGUCGACGCUUUCACCGAUUCCCAGUCCCGACCACCCCUGGUUCCGGCCGUCGUUCUCGUCGACCGAAUGUCACUGCUCCACCAAUCCCGUUCCCAGGGUUUGGAUCCCCUAGUCACCAGGAAAGCACCCCUGCAAGUCCCUCUUCCCAGCAGACUUGUGGAAAUGAACACGAGGGCGAGGGGGACUUGGAGAACUUGGUCGUAAGAUAUAUUAUGAAAUGGGAGAAGCUCGUCAUUCUUAUCAGAUGCUUUGAGGUCAGAUUUGGAGAGGCUGCCGAGUGUAUCAGCUUCCUUCGUACUCAGUUUUCUCGUAGACAGGCUAUCUUCCUCUGGUGA